GGGGUGCCAGCCUCAGGUUUGCAUCCGGGUCAGUCAGGCGCCGCGAUUCGGGAGAGACGAUCUGAACUGACCGCACCGGAUCACAAGAGCGCCCCAGCUGCGAGGAGUAUUAACGGGAACAUCCAUAGUAGUGUGAAAGCUUUCACAAUGAAAUCUGAAGCCAAGGAUGGAGAGGAAGAGAGUCUACAAACCGCUUUCAAGAAGUUAAGAGUGGAUGCAUCAGGGUCCAUAGCAUCUCUGUCUGUUGGAGAAGGCACAAGUGUUAGAACAUCAGUCAGAACAGCUGCAGACGAUACCAAACCUAAAUCCACAUGUGCAUCCAAAGACAGUUGGCAUGGGUCUACAAGGAAGUCUUCACGAGGAGCAGUGAGAACGCAGCGUCGUCGACGUUCUAAAUCUCCUGUCCUUCAUCCUCCGAAGUUCAUACAUUGCAGUACAAUGGCUGCUGCUUCCAGCAACCAGCUAAAGCACAAAAGCCAGACUGACUCCCCUGAUGGCAGCAGUGGGCUGGGAAUCUUGACCCCUAAAGAGUUCAGUGCAGGAGAAUGUGCUCCGUCUCUUCCUGAUGCUAAUCCCACAGGGGCACUCGCUGAGCCUUUGAGAACUUCGGUUCCAGGGCUCCCAUCAGAGAUUAAAAAGGAAGACGACUCUGUUGCUACCCAAGUCUCCCAAGCAAGUCUCAAGGCCAAUGAUCUCUCUGACUUUCAGUCUGUUUCCAAGUUAAAUCAGGGCAAGCCAUGUGUGUGCGUAGGCAAGGAGUGCCAGUGUAAGAGAUGGCAUGACAUGGAAGUAUACUCCUUCUCAGGCCUGCAGAAUGUCCCACCCUUGGCCCCAGAACGAAGAUCCACGCUCGAGGACUACUCUCAGUCACUCCACACCAGAACUCUGUCGGGCUCUCCUCGCUCCUGUUCUGAGCAAGCACGAGUCUAUGUGGAUGAUGUGACCAUUGAGGACCUGUCAGGGUACAUGGAGUAUUACUUGUAUAUUCCCAAGAAAAUGUCCCACAUGGCAGAAAUGAUGUACACCUGAUAGCAAGAAGCUGAUUACUAUGCUUUAAACCAAUGAAAGGUGGUCAGAUUUCGUUAAUGGCAGACCUUGCGGCCACUUUGUGUGAGAAGACAUCUCCUUCUGCUCACUGUGCUUGCAAUAAAAAAAACAUUUCUUGGCAUCUCGGUUAAUCUUCAUUCUUUAAACUUACUUUCUGUGUUCUUACAUACCCAUCAAGGCAAGCAGAUCUUUAAAAAAAAAGUCUCUUAGAAAUGUUCUGGGAGAUGAAGAAAGCUUAAUUACUUGAGACUGGCAGCAGUGGGUAUAUGGUAAAAAAAAAAAAAAGCCUUUGUAAAACAGUAUAUUUUCCACAUCUGUUCAAGAUUUGGUGGGCAAGGAAAAUCAAAUGUGGUUUUGUAACUGAACUGAACAUUUGUCAUGCUGUAGUUGCUGGCCCAGAAUAUUAGAAGUUAAUGACUGAUUUAAACCGUCUCUGAUUUAAUGCAAGAUUUGUUGUCUUUAAAGGUUUCUUAUGUUAUUGUUAAGCCAGGGAUCUAAGGUUUAGAUUCAAUAUGAAUAAACUAGCUGCUUGCC